UGCGUAUUAUGUGACGCUUUCCUCCUCUCUACCUUUAGAUGUCGCUGCUCCUGUCUAGCCUACAGUGUACAAUAAUAAUAUUACAUUUUGUGUCUGGCUCCAGCCCUCUGUGUAUCCCGGUGGUCCGGGGAUCCCAUUUCAAGAAAACGGGCCAUCAAAAACACAACAAUGUCGUACGUCUUUGUUAAUGACUCCUCCCAGACCAACGUUCCGCUUCUACAGGCAUGCAUUGAUGGGGACUUCAACUACUCCAAGCGUUUGCUGGAAAGUGGGUUUGACCCCAACAUCAGAGAUAGCCGUGGCCGCACUGGCCUUCACCUAGCUGCAGCCAGGGGCAACGUAGACAUCUGCCAACUUCUGCAUAAAUUUGGUGCUGACCUGCUGGCCACAGACUACCAAGGCAACACAGCCCUCCAUCUUUGUGGUCAUGUCGACACGAUUCAGUUCCUCGUCACCAAUGGACUCAAAAUUGACAUUUGCCAACAGGAUGCCCACCUCUCUCCCGAAGGCCCAGCGAAGGGAAAAGUUAGUUGUAGCCGACAAAGCACGCCCAUAAAACCCACAAGACUUCCAAGCAAUCACCAAGGUGCCACUCCUCUCGUCCUGGCAAGGCGCAGGGGAGUGAACAAAGAAGUGAUCCGCAUGCUAGAGUCUUUAGAGGAACAGGAAAUGAAGGGCUUCAAUAGGGGGACUCAUUCCAAGCUGGAAACCAUGCAAAUGGCUGAAAGCGAAAGAUAUGUCCAAUGCUCUGAGCUUCUAAUGGAAAAGGGACACAACACUCUGUCUGAAGGCACCUCUGAGGAAGACUGUGCAAUGGAAAGUCAUUCUCUUCUGAAUCCAAACCUGCAGCAAGGUGAAGGAGUCCUCUCUAGCUUCCGUACCACGUGGCAGGAGUUUGUGGAGGAUCUUGGGUUCUGGAGGGUACUCCUGCUCCUUGUCGUUAUUGCUCUUCUCUCCCUCGGCAUAGCAUACUAUGUUAGUGGGGUGCUACCGUUUGUGGAAAAUCAGCCUGAACUUGUGCACUAAAGCAAAUGCUUUGUCCAUAUAUGCAUUCAGCUUCUCAUUCAGUUUCGAUGCAGUCAUAUUUUUUAUGAGCUGCAUUUAUAAAUAGAACCACUUCUCAUACAACCUUUAAAAAAAACUAUUUAAUUGGGACUAACACUGCAAGCCUUUCACAUUCCAAGAGGAUAUUGCAAUGGAUUAAUAAUAUAAUUGUCUUGGAUUUAUAUAAAUGAAACCUCAAAAUCUCAAGUAUAUGGUUAACUGAAGAUAAUCUGACUCUUAUUUCCUGUAGGAAGAAUCUCCGUUCUUCAGUUGAAUUCUUUUCAGAUGAGUGAAACAAAAUCCAAUAUGAAAGUCAAUCGAGGUUCAUUUUUUAUUAACAUUUCAACUGGUCAUCUUUGGCUAAAUCACUUGAAACUGAUGCAGUAUAACUGUAAAAAGCUGACAGGAAAAUAUCACCUGAGCAUCUCUAUGUAAAAAAAGGAAGAUAUUUUACCUCACAAUCUCCUCAGCUCAGCAGAGUAAGUUCUGUGUAAAAAGUUAUAAUUCACCUGCUCCCAGCUGCAGGUAAAAAUAAAAAAAAAUAUGAAGAAAUGAACAGCAGCCAAUCAGCAUCAGCAGUGCUGAGGUCAUGAACUCUUACUGUGAUCUCAUGAGAUUUGACUUAACUCUCAUGAGAUUUCAUAGUAAGCUUCCUUUACCUGAUUGGUGAAAUAAUAUGAGAGUUCACGAGGCUCAUCCUUUCAGCUGUCCCAGGACAGACACACUAAAAUGCUGCUUAGAAAUCCUUUACAAUGGGAGGUGACUACUGAGGAACUUUUGAGGUAAAAUAUCUUUCUUUUUUACAUAGAGAUGUUCAGGAGAUAUUUUCUAGUCCGCUUUUUACAGCUAUGCUGCAUCACUUUCAAGUGUUUAAACAUUUGGGUAUUAUGGCCCUUUAAUUCUUUUUUAUGAUGCAAUUUUAAGCAACCUUCCAAUUUUAAGCAACCUUGCAAUUUAUAUAUUGAUAAUAGGAGUAAAUUAGAAAGUUGCUUAAAUUGCAUGCUCUAUCUAAAUCAUGAAAGAAAAAAAUUGGGUUUCAUAUCCCUUUAACUUAAAGGAAAUAUGUAAAUUUGUACAAGUAUAUUCUGCACACAUGCAAUAUAGCAUCAAAAAAGUAAGACCUCAAAAUAAGGAUAUAUACAAAAAGAGAAUAUAGUAAUAAAAAAGUAGUCAGAGACGGUGCAAUACCCACCAUUAGAGCAGCAUCAUUAGUGUGGGAUCCCCCCACCUCUCUGCGCCAACUUGCUUUGUAUACUUGAUAACUUCAGACGGAUCACGGGAGGAGAUUACGGAGAACAGUCUACAAUGGAAUAGAAGGUAGAGGCUGGUGCAGUUAGGAGACACCGUAAUGGCAGUCUCCUUUAUUUGGAAUCAGUACACUGUGUCUUUCUCCCCUGUGUCUGUUGUCUUUGCUUUGUUGGCUAGUUGAUGCAUCUAAGGCACAGAGUACUUUAAUUUAUGUGCCUGCACCUUCAAUUUAAGAGACAGUCAUCUGUGCUUUUUUUUUUUUUUUACCAUAACCUCCUGGACAUUUAGUAGCCGGCAGACUGUGGGGAUACCAUUUUUUUUUUUUUACCAUAACCUCCUGGACAUUUAGUAGCCGGCAGACUGUGGGGAUACCCUUAUAAAAGGUUUCAUCGAUUUUCAUAAUAAAUUGUUGAAUAUUUGGCAA